GAAGGGAGUUGCUAAUUCUGUUUUACAGUACUGACUAGCUUCCAGUCUGAAAGCCAUUCAUCUUGUCUCACAAAAGAUACUUGCUGCAUUACCUCUAGUAAACAGCAGCCAUGUCAUCAGACUCUGAAAUGGCCAUCUUUGGGGAGGCAGCUCCUUACCUCCGAAAGUCAGAAAAGGAGAGAAUUGAGGCCCAGAACAAGCCGUUCGAUGCCAAGUCAUCCGUCUUUGUGGUACAUGCAAAGGAAUCCUAUGUGAAAAGCACAAUCCAGAGCAAAGAAGCAGGGAAGGUCACCGUCAAGACCGAAGGUGGAGAAACUCUUACUGUGAAGGAUGAUCAAAUCUUCUCCAUGAACCCUCCCAAGUAUGAUAAAAUCGAGGACAUGGCCAUGAUGACCCACCUCCAUGAACCCGCUGUGCUAUACAACCUCAAAGAGCGUUAUGCAGCCUGGAUGAUCUAUACCUACUCAGGUCUCUUCUGCGUCACUGUCAACCCCUACAAGUGGCUGCCGGUGUACAACCCGGAGGUGGUGUUGGCCUACCGAGGCAAGAAGCGCCAGGAGGCCCCUCCACACAUCUUCUCCAUCUCUGACAAUGCCUAUCAGUUCAUGCUGACUGAUCGCGAGAACCAGUCGAUCCUGAUCACCGGAGAAUCCGGUGCAGGGAAGACUGUGAAUACAAAGCGUGUCAUCCAGUACUUUGCAACCAUUGCAGCGAGCGGGGAUAAGAAGAAGGAAGAGCAGCAGCCAACGGGCAAAAUGCAGGGGACACUUGAGGAUCAAAUCAUCAGUGCCAACCCACUGCUGGAGGCUUUUGGCAAUGCCAAGACGGUGAGGAACGACAACUCCUCACGCUUUGGUAAAUUCAUCAGAAUCCAUUUUGGGGCCACAGGAAAACUGGCUUCUGCUGACAUUGAAACAUAUCUGCUGGAGAAGUCCAGAGUCACUUUCCAGCUGAAGGCAGAAAGAAGCUACCACAUAUUCUAUCAGAUCAUGUCCAACAAGAAGCCAGAGCUAAUUGAGAUGUUACUGAUCACCACCAACCCCUAUGACUAUCAGUAUGUGAGUCAAGGUGAGAUCACGGUUCCCAGCAUUAACGAUCAGGAAGAGCUGAUGGCCACGGACAGUGCCAUUGACAUCUUGGGCUUCACUCCUGAUGAGAAAACAGCCAUUUACAAGCUGACAGGGGCUGUCAUGCACUACGGCAACCUGAAGUUUAAGCAGAAGCAGCGUGAGGAGCAGGCAGAGCCAGACGGCACAGAAGUUGCUGAUAAGGCUGCCUACUUGAUGGGUCUGAACUCAGCAGAUCUGCUUAAGGCCCUCUGCUACCCUCGAGUCAAGGUUGGGAAUGAAUAUGUGACCAAGGGUCAAACUGUGCAGCAGGUAUACAAUUCAGUGGGUGCCCUGGCAAAAUCUGUUUUUGAGAAGAUGUUUUUGUGGAUGGUUGUUCGCAUCAACCAACAGCUGGAUACCAAGCAACCCAGACAGUACUUCAUUGGUGUCCUGGACAUUGCUGGCUUUGAGAUCUUUGAUUUCAACAGCCUGGAGCAGCUGUGCAUCAAUUUCACCAAUGAGAAACUGCAACAGUUCUUCAACCACCACAUGUUCGUGCUGGAGCAGGAGGAGUACAAGAAGGAAGGAAUUGACUGGGAGUUCAUUGACUUUGGGAUGGACCUGGCUGCCUGCAUUGAGCUCAUUGAGAAGCCCAUGGGCAUCUUCUCCAUCCUGGAAGAGGAGUGCAUGUUCCCCAAGGCAACUGACACCUCUUUCAAGAACAAGCUCUAUGACCAGCAUCUGGGCAAGUCCAACAACUUCCAGAAGCCUAAACCUGGCAAAGGCAAGGCUGAGGCCCACUUCUCCCUGGUGCACUAUGCUGGCACGGUGGACUACAACAUCACUGGCUGGCUGGAGAAGAACAAGGACCCCCUGAAUGAAACUGUUGUGGGGCUGUACCAGAAAUCAUCCCUGAAGACACUGGCCUUACUCUUUGCCUCUGUUGGUGGGGCAGAAGCAGAGAGUGGUGGCGGUGGCAAGAAGGGCGGCAAGAAGAAGGGGUCUUCUUUCCAGACUGUGUCAGCUCUCUUCCGGGAAAAUUUAAACAAACUGAUGAGCAAUCUACGAAGCACACAUCCCCAUUUUGUGCGAUGCCUUAUUCCUAAUGAAACUAAAACACCUGGUGCCAUGGAACAUGAGCUGGUGCUGCAUCAGCUGCGGUGUAACGGCGUGCUGGAAGGGAUUAGAAUUUGCAGGAAAGGAUUCCCCAGCAGAAUACUCUAUGCAGACUUUAAACAGAGGUACAAGGUGCUUAAUGCCAGUGCCAUCCCAGAGGGACAGUUCAUUGACAGCAAGAAGGCUUCUGAGAAGCUCCUUGGGUCAAUCGAUGUGGACCACACCCAGUACAAAUUUGGCCACACCAAGGUGUUCUUCAAAGCUGGGCUGCUGGGACUCCUGGAGGAGAUGAGGGAUGAGAAGCUGGCACAGCUCAUCACCCGCACACAGGCCAUGUGCAGGGGCUUCCUGAUGAGAGUGGAGUUCAAGAAAAUGAUGGAGAGGAGAGAGUCCAUCUUCUGUAUCCAGUACAAUGUUCGUGCAUUCAUGAAUGUCAAGCACUGGCCCUGGAUGAAGCUGUUCUUCAAGAUCAAGCCCUUGCUGAAGAGCGCAGAAUCUGAGAAGGAGAUGGCCAACAUGAAGGAAGAGUUUGAGAAAACCAAGGAAGAGCUUGCAAAGUCUGAGGCCAAGAGGAAGGAGCUGGAGGAGAAAAUGGUUUCUUUGCUGCAGGAGAAAAACGAUCUGCAGCUCCAAGUGCAGGCUGAAGCUGAUGGUUUGGCUGAUGCUGAGGAAAGGUGUGACCAACUCAUCAAAACCAAAAUCCAGCUGGAAGCUAAAAUUAAGGAGCUGACAGAGAGAGCAGAAGAUGAAGAAGAGAUGAAUGCUGAACUGACAGCCAAGAAGAGGAAACUGGAGGACGAAUGUUCAGAGCUGAAGAAAGAUAUUGAUGACCUUGAGUUAACACUGGCCAAGGUUGAGAAGGAAAAACAUGCCACUGAAAACAAGGUGAAAAACCUCACAGAGGAGAUGGCAGCCCGGGACGAGACCAUCGCCAAGCUGACUAAAGAGAAGAAGGCCCUCCAAGAGGCCCAUCAGCAGACACUGGAUGACCUGCAGGCAGAAGAAGACAAAGUCAAUACGCUGACCAAAGCCAAGACCAAGCUGGAGCAGCAAGUGGAUGAUCUGGAAGGGUCCCUGGAGCAGGAGAAGAAACUGCGCAUGGACCUUGAGAGAGCUAAGAGGAAACUCGAAGGAGACCUGAAGAUGAACCAGGAAUCCAUAAUGGAUUUGGAAAAUGAUAAGCAGCAGCUGGAUGAGAAACUGAAGAAGAAAGACUUUGAAAUCAGCCAGAUCCAGAGCAAAAUCGAGGAUGAGCAAGCCCUGGGCAUGCAAUUACAGAAGAAGAUCAAGGAGCUGCAGGCGCGUAUUGAGGAACUGGAGGAGGAAAUUGAGGCAGAGCGAACCUCUCGGGCAAAAGCAGAGAAGCAUCGGGCUGACCUCUCAAGGGAGCUCGAGGAGAUCAGCGAGCGCCUGGAAGAAGCAGGAGGGGCUACCGCAGCUCAGAUGGAGAUGAACAAGAAGCGUGAGGCAGAAUUUCAGAAGAUGCGUCGUGACCUCGAAGAGGCCACGCUGCAGCACGAAGCCACGGCUGCUGCACUGCGGAAGAAGCACGCGGACAGCACAGCUGAGCUUGGGGAGCAGAUCGACAACCUGCAACGAGUGAAGCAGAAGCUGGAGAAGGAGAAGAGUGAGCUGAAGAUGGAGAUUGACGACUUGGCCAGUAACAUGGAGUCUGUCUCCAAAGCCAAGGCAAAUCUGGAGAAGAUGUGCCGCUCCCUAGAAGAUCAGCUCAGUGAGAUUAAGACAAAGGAGGAGGAACAACAGCGCACAAUUAAUGACAUAAGUGCUCAGAGAGCUCGGCUACAAACAGAAUCUGGUGAAUAUUCACGGCAGGUGGAGGAGAAAGAUGCUCUAAUUUCUCAGCUGUCAAGAGGCAAGCAGGCAUUCACCCAGCAGAUUGAGGAACUCAAGAGGCACUUAGAGGAAGAGAUAAAGGCCAAGAACGCUCUGGCCCACGCCUUGCAGUCUGCUCGCCAUGACUGUGACUUGCUCCGGGAACAGUAUGAGGAGGAGCAGGAAGCCAAGGGGGAGCUGCAGCGUGCCCUGUCCAAGGCCAACAGCGAAGUGGCCCAGUGGAGAACCAAAUACGAGACGGACGAACACGUGGAAGCUGUGAAUGCCAAAUGUGCCUCCCUGGAAAAGACAAAGCAGAGGCUGCAGAAUGAAGUGGAGGACCUGAUGAUUGACGUGGAGCGAUCAAAUGCUGCCUGCGCAGCUCUGGAUAAGAAGCAGAAGAACUUUGACAAGAUCCUGGCAGAGUGGAAGCAGAAGUAUGAGGAAACGCAGGCUGAGCUGGAAGCCUCCCAGAAGGAGUCUCGCUCUCUCAGCACGGAGCUGUUUAAGAUGAAGAAUGCCUAUGAGGAGUCCUUGGACCACCUGGAAACGCUCAAGCGCGAGAACAAGAACUUGCAGCAGGAGAUUUCCGACCUCACGGAGCAGAUUGCUGAGGGAGGAAAGGCGAUUCAUGAGCUGGAGAAAAUCAAGAAGCAGAUUGAGCAGGAGAAAUCUGAACUCCAAGCCUCCCUGGAGGAAGCUGAGGCCUCCCUGGAACAUGAAGAGGGGAAGAUCCUGCGCCUCCAGCUUGAGCUCAACCAGGUGAAGUCUGAGAUUGACAGGAAGAUAGCAGAAAAAGAUGAGGAAAUCGACCAGCUGAAGAGAAACCACCUCAGAAUUGUGGAGUCCAUGCAGAGCACCCUGGACGCUGAGAUCAGGAGCAGGAACGAAGCCCUGCGGCUAAAGAAGAAGAUGGAGGGAGACCUGAAUGAAAUAGAGAUCCAGCUGAGCCAUGCCAAUCGCCAGGCUGCAGAGGCACAAAAGAACCUGAGAAACACUCAGGGAGUGCUCAAGGAUACCCAGAUACAUUUGGAUGAUGCUCUCAGGACACAGGAGGACCUGAAGGAGCAGGUGGCCAUGGUGGAGCGCAGAGCAAACCUGCUGCAGGCUGAAAUUGAGGAGCUACGGGCAGCACUUGAACAAACAGAGAGAGGUAGAAAGGUGGCUGAGCAGGAACUGAUGGAUGCAAGUGAGCGUGUGCAGCUCCUCCAUACCCAGAACACGAGCUUGAUCAACACCAAGAAGAAGCUGGAAACAGACAUUGCCCAAAUUCAGGGUGAAAUGGAGGAUACGAUCCAGGAAGCCCGCAAUGCUGAAGAGAAGGCCAAGAAGGCCAUCACAGAUGCAGCCAUGAUGGCAGAAGAGCUGAAGAAGGAGCAGGACACCAGCGCCCACCUGGAGAGGAUGAAGAAGAACCUGGACCAGACGGUGAAGGACCUACAGCACCGUCUGGAUGAGGCUGAGCAGUUGGCCCUGAAGGGAGGCAAGAAGCAAAUCCAGAAGCUGGAGGCCAGAGUGCGGGAGCUGGAAGGGGAGGUUGAUGCUGAGCAGAAGCGCAGCGCUGAAGCAGUGAAGGGUGUGCGCAAGUACGAGAGGAGGGUGAAGGAGCUGACCUACCAGUCUGAAGAAGACAGGAAGAACGCUCUCAGGCUCCAGGAUCUGGUGGACAAGCUUCAAAUGAAAGUGAAAUCCUAUAAGAGACAAGCUGAGGAGGCUGAGGAGCUGUCUAAUGUCAAUCUCACAAAGUUCCGCAAGAUCCAGCACGAGCUGGAGGAAGCCGAGGAGCGGGCUGACAUUGCAGAGUCGCAGGUCAACAAGCUCCGAGCAAAGAGCCGUGAAAUUGGCAAGAAGGCAGAAAGUGAAGAGUAAAUGCCUCCAGUGGUGCGAAGUGAAAGGGAAUUGCACAAAAUGUGAAAUUCUGUCACUUUGAUUUUGUAAUCACUGCUUAGUCCUUCACCAAUCUGUAGAUAAUGAAUGCCUAGACAAUAAA